CAAUAAUCCAAUCAACGGGAUUUUUGAAACUGGACACGUGUCGAAUAAGAUGCCAAGUUCGAUACACCUGUUCCUCGCAACGGCAGCAACGUCUGCGGCGUCCAAGUCGAAAUGGUUUCAACCAAUCGCUAAUCCAAUCAACGGGAUUUUGGAAACGGCAAUUGAACGGGAUAUAACUAUGAAUGAGAAUUCUGUCUGGCUGCUACUAAACGAAAGAGACCUGCAACGCAGCCUGUGCUGUCGAGGUUGAGAACAAGUUGUAGGAGAUUUAAUAAUUGUAUGGAUUCUCUGUGUAUAAAGUCUGCUCCUGUGAUGGAACCAGAAUGUAGUGAAGGGCUGUCUCCAACAAGUAUAUUUCAUUAUCAUUCAAAGAGAGCCAUUCCUACAAAAGGACCGGAUGUGCUGUUGCAGUGUCAUGGAAUAACGUGGGAACUCCACAAGCCGUACAUUCGGAAGUUCCGCACAUUGUCUGGUCUCUUACAGCAUGCUGUUAUCUCAGCAACUGCAUGAAGUUCUUGCCAGGGCACUCGGUUUGCUGUAUGAAGACCAGUUUACUGUGUCACCUGAAGAGGUGGUUUCUGUAUUGGCAGCUGCGUCACUUCUUUUGUAUCCUGAACUGCAAAAAGAAUGCUGUGAAGUGAUGUUAAGAUUCAUCAAUGCGAGGACAGUCUCAAUGUACUACUUGGCAUCUACCAAGGUAAAAUGAUGUUAUGAACAUUAGCACAAGUGCAAACUUUUAUGGAUUACAACUGACAUCGUGCAGUCGACUCUUGACCAACAAUAAGUUGUGUGGGAUGUAAUCAUGACUGCAAUACGAACAGAAGUUAGUGACACUGAAACUCAUUAUGAUCAUUGAAUGGCUCAGCUAUCAGCAUAUUUGCAGUGGUGGGUGACAAUGUGAGAGAUCAAUGCAAAUAGGGUGUUGUAGAAAUGAUGUGCUGAUUAUGAAAAUGACAAUAUGAACUUGUAGGCAGGAAAUGAGAAAGGGGAGGGGCUGGAUAUGAAAACAUAUUGAGGUCAUCAUUUGUAGAUGAUUUUGGAAACAUUAGAUUAGGUGGAAAUGUUCUAUUUCAGACUAGAAUGUACUCACCCCAGAUGUGAGGGUGUGUGAGGAGGAGUAUAUAAGAGCAAGCUGACCAGCUCACUUCAUCAGUAUCGAGGAUAUCGGUCAUCAUCAUGUUUUCAUUUUUUGUGACAGUUCUUGUGCUCAUUCAAGUCAUUGCUACUUCUGUUGGUCAAAGUGUGCCAGAUGAGAGAAAUCAGCAGACUUGUGUACCUGCUGGUGUACCUGGAGUACCUGGAUCACCUGGGUUGCAUGGAUCACCUGGACGAGAUGGAAUGAAAGGAGGAAAAGGAAUGAAGGGAGAGAAAGGAUUAGUUGGAGAUGUCGGCAGUAAAGGUAACGCUGGGAAGAUAGGUCCACAAGGAAUAGGAGGAGAAGAAGGUAGGAAAGGAAAAACAGGAAGUAAGGGAGAAGAGGGAUUAGUUGGAGAUGCUGGUCCACAAGGAAUAAAAGGAGAAGAAGGAAGGAAAGGAGAGAAAGGAGAAGUAAUGACACUCAACUGGAAACAGUGUGUGUGGAAUAGAAAUGAUGUGAAGAACAGCGGUCUGAUUCAGAACUGUAAUUUUAGGAAACGUGACAGCAAUUCCGGUUUACAUGUUGCAUAUGCAGGAAAUCUUGGGGUUUACUGCUCCAGUGGUUCUUGCUGUUCUCGAUGGUAUUUUACAUUCAACGGUAACGAGUGCAGUGGACCUAUGACUAUUGAGGGAGUUGUGUAUGGUCAACCAGCUAAUGGUUAUCCUCACCGUCACAGACAGAUUGAGGGAUACUGUGAGAACAUUGCAGCAGGUCAAGUCACAAUUGGAUUCAACAUUGGAAACUGUAACAAAUUGAGAUCAACAACAUAUAAUGGUGAUACAGGAUGGAUAUCAGUAUCUCGCAUUAUGAUUGCAGAAGUUCCUCCAUCACAAAAGUAACUGAAUUAGAGAGAAAUUAGAACUUGUGUUCAGUAUAGUUUGCAGUACGUACAGUACGAGGUAGCUGAAAUAGGAGGCUGGAUGGUGCGUGUGCAUGUCUCUCUUUGCUGUAUGUGAGUGUUUGUAUGAUUAAUUCAACGUGUAGCUGCAACUAACAAUUGAUAUCGUCCUUCAAA